GACCGUUUGAAAGCUCGAACGCCUUCUUUGCUACACGAAUGGUGACUGGGUUCUGCCAGUCCAAUGCCUCAUCUUGCCCUUCUCCUCUCCCCCUGAAACCCUAACACCACAAGUCGCUCCUCCAUUACUUGCCCUUCUCUUCCUCCGCCAUGGCCUCCGCGCUGGUGCGAGAGGCCCCGCCGCCUCCGGUGAUCGGCAAGGUCGGGAGGUACACAGUGUUCAUCACCCCUCCGCGCACCCCGAAACCUUCCGAGGCUCUUGAACCCCAGAGCGCCAGCCUUGGAAAGGUGGCUCCUUUCCCGGAGAAAGCUACCUAUUCGCCGUCCCCGAAGCUCCCCGAGACUCCCAGGUCCCAGAGCGCCAGCCCUGGAAAAGUCACCCCGUUGCCGGAGAAGUCUGUCCCUUCGCUGUUCACGGUGCCGGCAUCAAUGCCCCCGGUGCAGGUCCCCCCGCUGCAGUUCGAUAAGCCGGCGACCAAGUCGUCCGGGUCCGUGUUCGGAUUCUUCUGGGACGCCGUCGCUAAAGUCCAAGAUGUGCAUUCAAGCUUCGAUGAGCGCUUGGCGGAUUGGUUUGGAUUGGACCAGUCGAAGUAUCAGUGGGCGUUGAACGAUUACUACGAGAAUAAUGGAAAGGAGAAGAAAGUUGGUAAACCAAAGGAGGUUGUCAGCAAAGAGCUAGCUGCCUGAUAUUUUAAUAAUUAGGAAAGCUUCUCCAACAUCGAUGUGGGAAUUAUGAAGACCGAAGACGUAUAUGGUUAAACACCAAGCGUAUGACAGUGGCCAUGCUCACGUGAGCCUUCCUUAAUGACUGUAGUGCUGCUACCAUAUAAUGCCAUCAUGCAGAUUUCUCAGAUAUAGGGUCCAAUCAUGGAGGCGAAUAUUUUUGGCAACUGGAUAUGUUACCAAGUCUGUACUUUCACCUGGUGGCAUUUUUGUGCAUGCACUUGGUAAACCAGUCAUCAAAAUUAUUACAAUUGCAAGCAAUCGUUUUCUCUGCC